AUGGAUGGUUUUACUGAAGCUCUGGAUGAACCCAAGAGGUCGAAACAGAAACACGAUAGACCUGGUUCGCCAGACAGUAUGCACUCGAGAUCGUCCUCCAUUUCCAAGCAUUCGCUGCAAGACCGUCUAUUUACGAAACUCCUUCAACAAGUGAUCCCAGACGAUCAAGAUGAAACCGACUCAGCGGGAGACAAGGCUUUUGCCUCUCCAAAGAAACCGGCUUUCAGCUUGCCUGUAAUGGCGAAUAAUUUCCGCCGCUUUAAUGCAAGAAUCGGAGUGGUAUUUUUGUUCCAGAGCCGCGCCGAGCAGCUGUUCAGUUGGAACAAGCCAACCCACACGUUCUCUUUUCUUUUCGUGUACUCGUUCAUCUGCUUGCAGCCCCAUCUACUGUUGGUUCUGCCUCUGGUGAUUCUCUUGCUGUUCAUCAUGGUACCGGCCUUUGUGACUCGGCAUCCACCGCCGCCGAGUACCUCCACGUCCAGCACUACUCCUUACUAUUCUUACGAUGGACCAGCACUGGCGCCGGCUAUGACCAUCAAGCCAGCGCCAGAGACAUCGAAGGAUUUUCUGCGGAACAUGCGGGAUCUGCAGAAUUGCAUGGCCGAUUUCUCCGACGCCCACGAUGCGGCUAUUUCGCUCCUGUCCCCUUUGACGGAUUUCUCGAAUGAGGUGCUCUCUUCGACUUUCUUCCUCGUAUGCACGAUAGCCAUAGUGGUUUUGUUUGUCAGUGCGCAUCUCUUGCCCUUGAACCUUGUCAUGCUUGUUGCCGGCAAUGCGGCAAUUCUCUCCAUUCAUCCAACAGUGGGGCAAUUCUUAUCCGAUUUGAUGAAAGAUAUGGCUGGAGAUUCCAUAGAUAUGGAUGACAAAGAUGGGUUCGCCGCAUCUGUCCCCGCAGACCCAUCUGCAGCGAUGUCAGCCUUGGAAAAGCUUGCAGAUAUCACGUUGGACCCAUAUCCCGAAGAACGGGAGGUGGAGAUCUUCGAAUUGCAGCAUCGAGCCGCGGGAACAUCCGAGUCUGGUUGGGAGAGUUUCUUGUUCAGUCAUGCGCCCUACGACCCACUCUCGCCAGCUCGCAUCGCCGGAGACCGGCCCCGUGGAUGCCGAUUCUUCGAGGAUGUUAGAGCCCCGUCUGGCUGGGCUUGGAAGAGCAAGAAGUGGGAGCUUGAUCUGGACUGCCGUGAAUGGGUGGUGGAGCGCAUGAUCACCAGUGUUGGGUUCGAAGUCCCCGGCGUAACUGCCGAAGGCAACGCCAUUGUUGGCGAAGUUGGUGGUUGGGUUUGGGACCUGCCCGUAAAUCGGCAUGAGUCCGAUGAAGAUUUGAUGGCAUACCGGGACCUACCUGAGGCUCUUUCUCCCAAAAAGGCUAAAGGCAAGAACAAGCAAAUUGAGAAGGAGAAAGAGCAAGCCAAAACUCAGGAUUGGGAAGAAGCUCCUGCGUCCUACGGGGUGGGAGAAUGGAGACGCCGGCGAUGGGUCCGCGUAGUAAAACGAAUCAGCCUUCCGCCGGCGGGGGUGGUUACUUACUCGACACUUAGUAGCAACAGCUAG